AUGUCAUCGAGUAGACAGACGAUACCACAACUAAGAAAUCCCACUUUACCUUCACAAACCACCCCUGAACAAAGGUACUGGAGAAGUUAUGCCAAUCCGCAACUCAUCAAAGAAAAUCAUCCAAUUAAUGAUAUAGAUUUCAAUCCAACAACUCCUAAUGAUUUUGCAAUUACUUCAUCUACUAGAAUUCAAAUAUUUUCUUCCAAGACUCGACAAGUGAUUAAAACGUUUUCUAGAUUCAAGGAUGUUGUAUAUUCUGCCAAAUAUAGAUAUGAUGGGAAAUUAUUAGUUGCUGCCGAUGCAACUGGAUUAGUAUCUAUAUACGAUAGUUAUCAACCUAGAAAUUUACUUGUUAGUUUACAUCCAAGUUCUCAUCCUACUCACGUUGCCAAGUUUCAUCCUACCAUUGGGAAUCAAUUAAUUACUGGGUCAGAUGAUAGAGUAUUGAGACUUUAUGAUAUAUCACAAACCACCAAGGGUCCAAUUGUUGAAAUUGAUGGAACUCAACAUGGUGAUUAUAUAAGAAGUGCAAAUUAUAUCCCAGGAAAUCCUAAUUUAGUAGCUACUGGUUGUUAUGAUGGAAUUGUUAGAAUUUUCGAUAUGAGAAAUUCUCAAUUAGUUAGUCAAUUUAAUCAACAUAAUCCAAUAGAAGAUGUGAUUGCAUUAUCACCAACAACUUUGGUAAGUGCUGGUGGUCCACAAGUGAGGAUCUGGGAUUUAACUCGAGGUUCUCAGAUUCAUGAAUUAGACAAUUUCACUAAAACUGCAACUUGUUUACAUGAUACUGGCGAUAAGGGGUUGUUGGUUGGUUCCUUAGAUGGUCAUGUUAAGAUCUUUGAUUAUACAUCGGCAAAUUGGAAUGUCCAAUUUGGUUGGAAAUUUGGUAGUGGUGGUGUGUUAGCAUGUGCCGUUUCACCAGCUGCAAAUGAUCAUAAACAUUUCGUAGCUGGGUUGACUUCAGGCUUGAUUUCAAUCAGAACCAAAAAGACCGAACCAAAAGUGAAACAAGGGGUUAAACAAGAGAAAUCAAAUGCAUAUGCCAGAAUGAUGAGAGGGAAAGAUUAUUCAGGAGAAGAAGAACAUCGUAUUAUUCAAUCAAGUAUUCCACAAACUAAGAAAUUAAAGCAAUUUGAAAAACACCUUAAUGCAUUCAGAUGGGCAGAAGCAUUAGAUAGCGCAUUUGCUCCUGGCUUACCUAAAGAACAGACAGUCACUAUUUUGAAUGAAUUAAAGAAGAGAGGAAAAGUAAGGAUUUCAUUAUAUGGGAGAGAUGAAAUUUCAUUGUUGCCUAUUUUACAAUGGUUCACUAAGAAUUUAGAAGAUGUAAGAUCAUUUAAUUUACUUUGUGAUUAUAUUGGAAUUAUCUUGGAAAUGUAUGGAUCUAUGAUAGAUAAGAGUGUAGUUUUAGAAGAAUGUUUCUCAACCUUACUUAAGAAAAUCAAUGGGGAAAUUAAAAAAUGUAAAGAAGCUAAUGAAAUUAGUGACGGUAAUCAUUAUAAUGGUGAACACUUGAUUGCUAGAAUUACGGCAGUUCCAGUUUUAUUCGCUUUGUCAUUCUUGGGUUCAUUUUUUCCUUUGGUGGCAUUGCAUUCUACUAGAUUUAAACUCCCAAGUUGGAUAUUCUUCAUCACAAGAUAUUUUGGUAGUGGUGUCAUUAUCGCUACUGGAUUCAUUCAUCUUUUAGCUGAAGCGCUGAUGGCUUUAACUAAUCCAUGUUUAGGUUCCCCUUUCGCUUACCCUUGGGCAGAAGCUGAAGAAGAUGAAAUUCAGGCAAAAAGGGAAGUCUCAGAUACUGACGACAAAACCAAUCUGGAUGUUGACACUCAACAAUUUUCAAUUAGGAAUUAUGAAAAUAUUUACCAACAAAUCUUAAAUUGUAUCGUUUUAGAAUGUGGUAUUGUCCUUCAUUCAAUCUUUGUUGGUUUGUCAUUGGCUAUUGCAGGUGACGAAUUUAUCACAUUAUAUGUUGCCAUUGGUUUCCAUCAAUUCUUUGAAGGAUUAGGAUUAGGUACGAGAUUCGCAACCACUCCUUGGUCAGAGGGAAAGAAGUACGUACCUUGGCUUAUGGCAAUGGCAUAUAGUUUAACUACCCCAGCUGCUGUUGCAAUUGGUAUUGCUGUUCGAAAGACAUAUCCUGUCGGUUCAAGAACUGCGUUGAUUACUACUGGAACAUUUGAUGCUAUGUGUGCAGGUGUGCUUAUUUAUAACAGUAUUGCUGAACUUAUGGCUUAUGAUUUUAUGUACUCACACGAUUUCCAUGAGAAGAAGAUGAGUGUUAUGUUAUGGGCUUAUGUAUGUCUUGCUUUGGGUGCUUUCUGUAUGGCAUUUAUUGGUAAGUGGGCUUAG